AUGGGCCUUCCGUCCAUCCUCUCCGUCCAGCGGUUGAAGGAGGCGCUGAAGAGCCUCUCGGGUCGCAAGAGGAAGAAACGGCGGGCCGUCCCGCGGGUGGCGGAGGACACCAUAGGCCGGGCGGUGGCCCGUAGCGUGGGCGGCUUCACCCUGGGGAUGACCCUCGCCGGGGCCUACGGAGCACUGGUCAUUUUCGUGCAGGGUUACAACAUCUGGUACUGCCUGGUGACCACGAUCACUUUGGCUGCCGGGCUCGGGCUGGGCAUGGCCUUCUCGCGCAAAGUCCGGCUCACCGUCCUGCUCACGCUGCCCCAGAUUUUCUCAAAAGAGGGGAAAACUAUGUUCAUGUUCCUGGCAUUCUGCCUGGCCAUGGAGGGACCCUUCGCUAACAUCAUCCGGAACUUCUCUCGGGGGGCUGAGGCUGUAUCGUGUGGUGCUGAGCUCGCCCUCAACCAGACAGCGGAAAUGCUGAACAGGGCCCGUCAGCCCCUGAUCAAUGCGCUACAGAAAAUCAAAGAUAUCGCCCAGAAGGCCAAAGUGGUUGGGGACCGUGUGCGAAAACUUUUCCGGUCCGUCAUGGACUCCGUGCGGCAUGUAGCCCACUGCCUGCGCAAUGUCUGGUACUGGCUCUUGAACCUGGGCAAAGUUUGCAACGAGGAGAUGGGCACACCCUACCGGAGGUGUGCCAGCAUCUUUGAGAAUGCCAAGGAUGAAUGUCAGCGGGUCGUCCCCCUCCUCUACUACCUCUGCUACGUCGUGCUGCUGUUCAAAUACCUCUGCGGCCUGGCUAACAUCCUCCUUGUCUUCUGCAUAAUUCCCGAGUACAUUGUGCCAUUCCUGCGACGCCAGGUAGCUGAACCCAUCGUGGCCCUACUCAACCGCAUCCGGAGCGAGUUCGAAUUCAACAUCACCACCGUGCACAAGUACGACGUGACCAUCAACGCGAGCAAGAGCCUGUCCCAAGUCGCCUUUGACAUCAUGGAGGACGUGUCGAACCGCCUGCAGCCGGCGAAGGAAGCCGUGGGGCUUUUCGGCUACCUGUCCAGCUUGGUCAUUCUUUACAUCUACAUCAGGGCUCUGCUGUACCGGAAGCAUUACUUACGCCAGGACAGUUUCGACAACAUCUAUGUCACCAAGUCAUUCCUGGAAAUGGACAUGAUGCGGAAAAAGAGCAAGAGGCCCACCGUCCUGCCGCUGUCAGCGAAGGAGAGCACCAGAUACAUCCGCCCAGCCUCGCUCGUGUUACCCCGCAAAGAGCAACUCCGCUACGCCCUGGCCAUCGUCUCCGUCUGUCGCCAGCUGAUCCUUGUCAUCCUGCUCAUUGUAGCCGACUACUCAAUCUUCUGGCUCUUUGAUUUGGUGCGAUAUCAGCUGCACGGAGAAAUUGUUGCGAGGGCCCCAGUGACUAUGAGCGUCAGCGUCAAAGGAACAGGCUACACGGGGGAGAUGUACCGCGACCUGGUCUCUUCGUUUGAGGUGCUGCAGCGUGGGAACGUCAGUGUGGUCUCCCGGAAAUGUCGCUUGCGCCCCGCUGAGCCCGAUUACAGAGGUUACAUAGUCAUCGGCCUCAUGUACGGCACCUGUUUCUUCAUCGCCAUCUUUGGCACCUAUAUCCAGCGUCUGCGACGGGCUAUUUGUGCCUGGUACUACCCCUCCCGUGAACGGGAGCGGAUCUGCUACCUCUACAACACCAUCCUCACUCGAAGGGCAGGGCUGGCAAAAGCCGUGCUUAAGGCUGUAAGAGAGCGGUCAGCGGACGGGGGUCGCACCAAUAUCUUACUCGUAUUUGCAGCAAAGGUGCGCUUGUGCCGCUGGCUGGUGAAGAAGCUGGGCGUGCAUGAGUCUUAUUGCAUGGGAUGUGGAAGAAUCCGUGACAGUGCGGCCAGCGAGGAGUAUGUCACUUGCAGCACGCCUGGAUGCCGAGGGAUCUACUGCCCUGAUUGUUACAAACUCCUGAGGAACAUGUGCUCCAUCUGUAUGGCCCCUCUCACCUACCAGGGAGACAUCGAGGAAGAGAUGGAUUCCAGUGACGAAGAGGCCAUGGCGCUGUGGACCAGAGCUGUGCAAGCGCUCCGUGGGGCUCCGGACCGAAAACGACAGAAGCAACGGCGGUUGCUGAAGGCUCGGAUCGAGCGGGCCGUGAAGGGGCAGGGGAACUGCCGCCGCUUGCCCCCGGUGCUGGCCAAGCGGAUCCUAGCCCAGCUGAAGGAGGAGGAGGAGGAGGACGGGAGCAGCGCCAGCGAGGAGAACCCGUCAUCCAGCUCAGGUGAAGGCAGCACCUCCUCUUCCUCCAGGUCUCAGUCCAGCCUUGAUUUCAGCUACCAGAAGGAAGCAGAAACCAGUAGCAGCGAGGAGUUGAUGGAGGUGAAAAGCGAUAAAAGGCCACCGUCUAAGAAGUAG